AUCGACUCGUGGAACUUAGAGAAAGAAAGAAAGAAAGAGAGUUUGAGAUAGCUUGAAUUGAGGGUUUUCACUUUGAGAAAAAUAUAUAGAGUGUUUGUGUGACAAAUAUUUUUAACUAUAUUCCAAAAAUUUCCAAUAGUUUUAUUAUAUUCAAGAGAUGGCCAUGUCCCGUGAAUCUUUGGCUUUUGUCUUUGGCAUAAUAGGCAACAUCAUUUCCUUUGCCGUGUUCCUCUCACCAUUGCCAACAUUUUACACAAUCUUUAAGAAGAAAUCUGCUGAAGGGUAUCAGUCACUUCCAUAUGUUGUUGCACUUUUCAGUGCAAUGCUUUGGAUUUACUAUGCAUUUGUCAAGAGAGAAGCUGCUCUUCUUCUAAUCACCAUUAACACUUUUGGAAUUAUUGUUGAAUCUGCUUACCUCAUAGUCUUCCUAAUUUAUGCCACAAAGAAGUCUAGGCUUUCAACCAUAAAACUACUUCUCUUGCUGAAUGUGUUUGGAUUUGGAGCCAUGCUUCUAUCAACUCUCUACCUCUCAAAGGGAGCAAAACGUCUUGCAAUCAUAGGAUGGAUUUGUCUUGUUUUCAACAUAAGUGUAUUUGCUGCACCACUUUUUGUCCUUAGUAAAGUCAUAAGAACAAGGAGUGUUGAAUACAUGCCAUUUUUCUUGUCCUUGUCCUUAACCAUCAAUGCUGUUAUGUGGUUCUUCUAUGGCCUUCUCCUCAGGGAUUACUAUGUUGCUCUACCAAAUACACUUGGAUUUGUGUUCGGCAUAAUUCAGAUGGUAGUGUAUUUGAUAUAUAGAAAUGCAACACCAGUGAUACAGGCACCAAUUAAGGGUCAAGAAUUGAGUGGUAGCCAUAUAGUUGAUGUUGUGAAGAUUGGAAAUGACCCUAAUCGUGGAGGAGGUGCAGUUAGCAAAGUUUGAUUUGACCAAUUGAAGGGUUCAUCUCCGUGACCAAAAAAAUAAAAAUUGAAAAGAAAAAAAAUUAACCUAAACUUUCAAUUUCAUAUAAUAUUGUAAAAUGCAAGAACGGUGCUUAUAAGUGUUUAGUUUUUAUUAUUAAUGUAAUUAAGGUGUGGUUUAAAUUUGGUGUAAUUGUUGGCAAGUGGCCAUGAUGAUGUAUGACUCUCAUAAUUGUACUACUACGUGUUUACGUAGUAUAUUCUCUUCUCUUAGUGUAUCCCUCAGUCAAACUCAUUUCAACUUCACUUUCCUUGUAUACGUAAUCAAUGUUCCAGUAUUAAUGAAAAUGAAUUGUUUUAGUAA